UUAAAAUUUGCUACAUUAAAAGUUUUUUUCUUGUUUUGAAAAUGAAAACGUUUACUGCUACAGUUUUUGAAAAUCUCAUUGCUCACUGAUUUAAAAGUUUUUACUUUUAAUUCGACUGUAAAAUUUCUUUCAUUUUGACGUUCUCGUGUAACCGUGUACGCCUAAGUCGCAAAUGUAAACAAACACUUUGGUGGGUCCGGUGGUGCUGGUGAGUCUAGGACGCAAAGCAAAGCCGACCGCGGCAGCAGCCAGAACUCGGACGCGGAAGCCUUCGUGAGCCAAACAGGACAAGGCCAGCUUCCUGCAGGAACUGCAGCUGUUCCACGGCCGGAAUAUGAUGAGAGGUAGGAAUGUGGAUUCGCACCGGUUGUAUUGGGUGGUAGUGGCCCGGGAUUGGUGGUUGAAGGUCAAUUCGCGCGAGGACUGGGGCGAGAUCAUCGAGGAGAUGGCGCUACCGAAGCGUUACGUGAACAACGAGAUUGCGUUGAAGAAGAUUAACUUCUGGUUUUUGGACAAGUACGCGAAAGUUUAUUUUCACGAUGGACCUCCGACGAAGAGGAGGACGACGAAAAGCUACAUAAUCGGAGGUGGUCAGCGCACAUGUUGCACUAGGUGCCGGCGGUUUACAGCACCGGUGAGUAUUGAGAAUGUGUGCAGUGGCUAGUCAACUUCACUUACUUUCCAUUACUUUUAGCAACAUUUUUCUGAAAUUAUCCCUGUAGUGCUAAAUAUUGUGUAUUCUUGCCAUAAAAGGUUUCUUUUCCAAUUAAAAGUAAAAUACUUUUACCAAUACAACGAUUUUGUUCCAUAAAUGUAAGGUAGUAUCAAAAACAUUCCAACUUUUAAAUUGAAAAGUUUGAACUUUCUACGAAUAUUCACCAACGCGAACUUAUAAUCCAACGAACGAUCUUUUUAAAUUUACAGUAUUUUUUCUUUGUGUGUACCUUAUA